CUUCUCUUCCAUUUUUUUUAACACAUCAAACCCUAAAGAGAGAGAGAGAGAGGGAGUGGCCUCCAUCAUCACCCAAUCCAAUGACGAUGAAGAACUUAUUAACCUCCGCACUCCGUUCUCAGAGGCGUCUCGCCUUGAAUCAAUCGUUACGAGCUUCCUCCUCCGUCUCAGCUCUCGAUUCCCCUUCUUCUUCUCCGACGACGACUCACUCCCCCGCGUCACCACGGAUUCUCAUGCCCUACGACCACGCCGCGGAGAUCACCAAAGAGAAGCUCAAGAAACUCGAGAAUCCAGAUCAGAGAUUCCUCAAAUACGCAUCUCCACACCCAAUCCUCGCCUCACACAACCACAUCUUAUCAGCCCCGGAGACACGCGUCACCACUUUACCCAACGGUCUACGAGUCGCUACCGAAUCCAAUCUCUCCGCGAAGACCGCUACAGUUGGAGUAUGGAUAGACGCUGGAUCCAGGUUCGAAUCCGAUGAGACGAACGGGACGGCUCAUUUUCUGGAGCAUAUGAUUUUUAAAGGGACGGAGAGGCGUACGGUGAGGGCGUUGGAGGAGGAGAUUGAGGAUAUUGGUGGUCAUUUGAAUGCGUAUACGUCGAGGGAGCAGACUACUUACUAUGCGAAGGUGUUGGAUUCGGAUGUGAAUCAGGCUUUGGAUGUCUUGGCUGAUAUCUUGCAGAACUCUAAGUUCGAGGAGCAGAGGAUUAACAGGGAGCGUGAUGUCAUCCUCAGGGAAAUGCAAGAGGUGGAAGGCCAAACCGAUGAAGUGGUCCUUGACCAUCUACAUGCUACUGCUUUCCAAUACACACCUCUUGGAAGAACUAUUCUGGGAUCUGCUCAGAAUGUCAAGUCUAUCACCAGAGAUGAUCUGCAGAACUACAUUAAAACUCAUUACACUGCUUCCAGGAUGGUGAUUGCUGCGGCAGGAGCAGUCAAGCAUGAGGAAGUUGUUGAGCAAGUGAAGAAACUAUUUAACAAGCUGUCAUCUGAUACAACUUCUACUACUCAACUAGUCGCCAAAGAACCUGCUAGUUUUACUGGUUCUGAGGUUCGAAUGAUUGAUGACGACAUGCCCCUUGCACAAUUUGCUGUUGCCUUUGAAGGAGCGUCUUGGACAGAUCCAGAUUCCGUUGCUCUUAUGGUUAUGCAAACCAUGUUGGGUUCAUGGAACAAAAAUGUUGGCGGUGGCAAACACGUGGGCUCUGCCUUGACCCAGAGGGUUGCCAUUAAUGAAAUAGCGGAGAGCAUUAUGGCAUUCAACACCAACUACAAGGAUACUGGGCUGUUCGGCAUUUACGCAGUUGCUAAGGCCGAUUGCUUAGAUGAUUUGUCAUAUGCCAUAAUGCAUGAGGUAACCAAGUUGGCCUUCCGAGUUUCAGACGCUGAUGUGACACGUGCACGGAAUCAGCUCAAAUCGUCGCUUUUACUUCACAUGGAUGGAACUAGCCCAAUUGCUGAAGAUAUUGGUCGUCAGCUGCUGACAUAUGGGAGAAGAAUCCCAACCGCUGAACUCUUUGCUAGGAUCGAUGCUGUCGAUGCCAGCACCAUUAAAUCUGUUGCCAACAAGUAUAUCUAUGACAAGGACAUUGCAAUCUCAGCCAUUGGUCCGAUCCAAGAUUUGCCAGACUACAACAAGUUCAGACGCAGAACCUACUUUAACCGUUACUAAGCCUCUAAAAUAACGGCCCCGCAUGUUCGCCCACGGGAGAGAGAGAGAGAGAGCAGAACCUUGGUGGCGAUGGAUUCAUUAUUUUUGAGUGUUUUAUUUUCCGUGUAAUCUUUCAUAAUUUACUACCAUCGUCACUGGUAAAAUAAAUGUACUGUUGACUCAUAUCCUUCUAGAGUAAGAUACUAGAGAUCGUCUGUUUUAUUGGUUUGGCUCUCCACAAUUUUCCCAUACAACUUAAUAAAUUGUUGUAUGUUGGUUUGAAAAACUUUAUUUGGAAUGAUUUGUCUCCUUUAGUCUGCA